AUGGACGAGUCAGCUGAAAACCAGAAUGCAAAAGUCUCAAAGCGGCAGUGGACUGCAGAAGAAGAUGCUAUAUUAGUCGAAGGUUUAUUACAGCUUGUAGAUGAUGGCUGGAAGGAGGAUGCUGGAACAUUUAAACCGGGAUAUACUAAAGUGUUAGAAAAGUAUCUCCAUAAAAAAAACCAAACAAUCAAAGAUAUGAUGGGUCCAAGUGCAAGCGGUUUUGGAUGGGAUGAUGCUAGGAAGAUGAUUAUUGUAGAAAAAGAGGUUUACAGCCAAUGGUGCAAGUCUCAUCCUACUGCAUCUGGUUUGUACGGAAAACCAUUUCCUCAUUUUGACAACUUCGAUGUUGUAUUGAUUAUGUAG